GCGGAGCGGGCGCGGCGGCUGGGGAUGCUGCGGGGGCUCCAUGGGCCCCGCCAUGCAGCCCGCCGAGCUGCAGUUCGCGCAGCGCCUGGCGUCGCACGAGAAGGGCAUCCGGGACCGCGCGGCGAGGAGGCUGCGCCAGUACCUCAGCGCCAAGACCCAGAGGGAGACAGGCGGGUUCACCCAGGAGGAGCUUCUCAGAAUCUGGAAAGGGCUCUUCUACUGCAUGUGGGUGCAGGACGAACCCCUCCUGCAGGAGGAGCUCGCGGUCACUAUGUCCCAGCUUGUCCACGUUGUUAACAACUCGGAGGCGCAGCACCUCCUUAUCCGGACCUUCUGGCAAACCCUGAACCGCGAAUGGAAGGGAGUGGACCGCCUGCGCCUGGACAAGUACCACAUGCUCAUCCGGCUAACCCUUAGGCAGUCCUUCGAAGUCCUGAAGCGGAACAGCUGGGAAGAAAGCCGGAUCCGGCCGCUCCUGGACAUCCUGAUGAAGGAGGUCCUGCACCCCGAGAGCCGCUCUCCCGGCGGGGUGAGGUCCCACCUGAUCGCCGUGUACCUGGAGGAGCUGUCCAAGGUCGGGGGGAGCGAGCUUCUGGCGGAUCAGAACCUCAAGUUUAUUGAUCCGUUCUGCAAAAUUGCCGCCAAGACGAAAGACCACACCUUGGUGCAGACCAUCGCCCGGGGCGUAUUCGAGGCCAUCGCUCACCGGUCCCCUUUAGCACUGGACACCAGCGCCGAGGACCACGGUGCCAGGGCGGGGGGCGGUCCCCGCUCCGGAGAGGAGCCAGCCGCCUGCGAGGGGCCUCCAGCCGCAGCAGCCAGCAAGGGUCUCCCUCAGACCGGCGGGACUGCCGAGGACAGAGAUGGAGACGGUGGCCUGGAGGCCACAGGGCCGCCUCUGCAGUUCGACUACAAGGCAGUCGCCGACCGGCUCCUAGAAAUGACCAGCAGGAAGAACACCCCUCCCUUCAACAGGAAGCGCCUCUCCAGGCUCGCCAAGAAGUUCCGGGACCUUUGUGAAGGCAGUGUCGCCCCUGGGAGCCUGGCCGAGGAUGGUCCUGCUAAUGGGGACGACCCAGGCCUUCGUGAAGGACAGCAGGUGGACAGAGGAGAGAAGCAGGAGGGGACGGGCAGCGGGGACGCAGGAGCAGGUGCGCCCCCAACUGCCAAGGAGGAGCCGGGAAGAGGCCCCCCGAGGAAGAAGAGGAGGAAGAGGAAGAGGAGGAGCCUCCAGCCUGAGAGCGGGUCCGGGGAGACGGCGGUGGGGGGGGAGCUCCCCCUGCACGAUGGGGCCGAGGAACCCAGCACGGGGCCUGGCGGGGCCCAGAAGAGAUGCGGGGAGGAGCCGCCCCCCGUCCGCGUGAAGAGGAAACGACUGCGGAAGAGGGGCCUGCAGGCUGUGGGGGAGCACUCCGGGACCCCUGGGGACGUGACACCCAGCAGCACCCCUCAGGCAGAGGGCGCCCAGGUCCCCAGAAGGAAGCGGAGACUCGGGGCCCUCCCAGCCAGUGGUCACAAUCUCUCCGCCUCACCUCAGUCCCGCCCUGCUGGGAGCCCCCCAGGCAACAGUGAGGCACAGGGCUCCCCGCCACAGGGCAACAGUGUCGCACAGACACCCCCACCACGGGAUGACAGCAUCGUGCAGAGACCCCCACCGCAGGGUGACAGUGUCACGCAGAGACCCCCGCCGCAGGGUGACAGCGAUGCACAGAGACCCCCGCUGCAGGGUGGGAAGAUGAAGAGGAAGAAGAAGCGGGAGCCAGGCGCCCUCAACCUGCACAGCCCAUCCUGCCCCAGACCCGCCAGCCUGGCCAAGAGGAAGCUCGUGACAGCCACACUUGAGUCCUGGCCACUUGCAGCUGUGCCCAGACAGCAGGGCCCCGUAGUCCUGUCUCUGGGGGGCAGCGGGGCACUCAGCCCUCCCAGGAAGAAGCAGCUGAGGACAGAGAAGGACUUCGUGCGGUUCAGCACCCCCGCCCUGCCCAAGCCGAUCUUCUGCCGGAAAGCCAAGAGCAGCGCGGCUCCCUGCGCCCCGCGCCCCUCCGUGCAGCCCAGCAAAACUCCGCCCGGCACCAAGAAAGUCACGUUUGGCUUGAGCAGAAAUAUGACGGCAGAGUUCAAGAAGACAGAUAAGAGCAUCUUGGUGAGCCCCGUGGGCCCUUCCCGAGUGGCCUUCGACCCCAAGCAGCGGCCCCUCCAUGGGGUGCUGAAGAGCCCAGCGAGCUCCCCGGCCAGCAGCCCCCUGACCACCAAGAAGCUGCUGCUCUCCACGCCGCAGCGGCGGCCGACGGCCAUGGACUUCUUCUAGCGCCUUUCACUGAGGUUUUGUACAGUCGCGUAUAAAUUAUAACUUUCCACGUGGGCUUUUUCA